ACAUCUCUUUGAAAUACGAAAACUCUUUGUAAAUACGUCCGAUCGGGAUGGGAAAUCACAUUUACUCUGCAAUUCACUCACUUUUGAUUCAGAAGUAGCUUUAAUAAGAAAUUAGUUUGGUUUGAAACAACUGGGCAAGAAGAAAUCAGUCGGGCACAAUUAAAUACGUGAAUAUAAUUUACAGCUGCGUUUGGGAAGGUACUAGCGAAAUUCCUGAAUCCAGCUGUACAACAUAUCGUGGAGGGUACUUAACUUUCCAGAGUGUUGUGUGCUUUGAAUAGUAUCAAAUAUGUUUAAGACUGUCAUAAAACACUUCAAGCGUCUGCUCUAUGUGGGCGCAAGUGAGAUCACUUAAUUGUGUUUCGUAAGUGUUAUCAUCCGUUACAAAGUGAUCAUAUGACUUUAGACAAGUUGUUUUUAUUUCAUUUAAUCAUUUGACAGAACCUCGCGAAGCACAUUUGUGCUGUGCAUUUUACAUAGACCUUUUAACAAUAUGUAACAUUAUUUAUAUCACUAUACGACGUUAUGGACGACGAAUUUGAAGUGGAUUUUAUAUGGCAUACUACAAAACGUAGUUUCCAAAACAUUGCUUCAGUGGAACUGCUUCUCGCCCCAGCUCGAAGCCUUUGGGAUGAUUAUUUCACCGAUGAUUACACACACACUACAAUGGUAUAUCAUUUGAAUUUACAAGAUGGCGUAUUCAGCAAGAGAAUAACUUUAAAGACAAAUAUUUAUCAUUUCUUAUUUCGUAUCAAUUAUUCCAACAAGUUUGCUGCAUCGUGUGCACAUGAAGUAACGUAUCUUGGCAAUGGUCGAAAGUUAAAUUAUGUCAACGUUGGUGAUAUUUUAUUUUUAAGCCAUCAAAGCGAGAAGUCGAAUGAACACAAAGAAGAUAACCCAGUGAGCACAGACGCCGAAAACAGUGGAUUGAUUAAUUCACGUCCAAAGACAAAAGCUACGGGCAUAAGAAGAUUUUUUAUUUGUUGUGAUUUCUGAAAAUAUUAUCUAUUGCCACAAAUGACGUCUUUUUUAAGUCGAUAAUGUGUAAUUCUACGUAUCUAAUGAUAGCUAUAUGAAAGUACGGUAAGAUGCAUAAAUUUUAUGAUUUUAAGUCGAUUUUUAUCUAAUAACAUCGGAACAUGGUUCGUUAUAGCUACAUUAAAAUAGAUUUUCUAAAAUAUAUAUUAAGUUGAAUAUCGUUUA